GAUUUUGACCCCCUUACCGAAGAAGGCCAAGUCGAUAUUAACGAUGAAGAAUUCGACGAAUGGACCCAAGGCGCGGAAACCGACCCCCUAAUCUACGACGCAGCUUUAUAUAACAAAUAUGGCAAUAGGUGGAAAAGCUUCAAGGCAGCCUUGAAUCGCAUGUGGCAAUCAAAGAACCGCGGCAGCCCCGUCCCCGAGUACUUGGAACUUCAAAACACAUACGAAGCAGCCGCGGGGGAAACCGUAGAGUGGGCGAUGCAAGAGCUAACGCGGCGCUACGACAACUUUGAUGCUGACGACGUAAAGCUUACGGAAAAGGGAAACAAAGUCCUCAUAAGCGUCCAAGACUUAAGAUUUCCCGACAAAGACCGCUGGACAAAACCGCAGCCCCUCUUUGAUGAGGAGGGCAACAUUAGGGGCGACGUCUCAAGAUUAAAAGGCUUUCAGCAGGCUACUAGGAGCAUGUUAGAAAGGUUGAGAGCCCUAACCGAAAGGGUUGAAAUCGAAAAGCGCGCCGAGGAGCUGCAAAGGGAGUUAGAAAAAGGAGACGCAGAGUACGCAAAGCAAGGUCAACUACUUGCCGAUGCUGAAAAGAAGUCCGCCCAUCAAGACGAAAGGAUGAAAGAAAUGAGAAACCAGUUGGAUAAAACCCUGCGCGAAAGAGAUAAAGCACAAAGGGACUUAGAAGAAGCCCAAAGCUCUGGCACCUCAACGGAAGCGCUGCGGGAAACGCUGGAAGAAAGGGAGGAGGAAUACAUGAAGCAAACCCAGCGGCUUGCCGACGCGCAUAGGAGGGAAGUCGAAUUCAAAGACCAAGAAAUAAGGGAGUUGGUAGACCAAAGAACCCGAAUUCGUCGCGAAAGAAAUCAAACUCAAAGGGCUCUUAACCUCGCCCUGCAAGAGUUGGAUCUAAUUAAAGAYGAUACCGAUAACCUACAAACCACCAUAGCCGGCUCUUUAGUGGAACGGCGACGGUUAAUGGCUGAAAUUAACACCAUGGAGGAACAAGUCCGGCAAAGAGAUCAGGCCAUCGAAGACCUGGAGGGGCAAAUAGAGCGGCAGCAAGAAGUAAUUGCGGACCAAACUCGUACCGAAGAGGAAAGGGAGGCUGCCCAAAGGGAAUUAGAAACCCUUCAGGAGAGAGUUGCGGAGUUGCGGGCGGAAAAGGAGAAGCUGGAGAAAGAAUUAGGGCUUACCACCAAGGAAAAGGUAAAAAGAGCUCUGGUGAAGUAUGGUAUUCCGCUGGCAUUUGCGGUUGCUAUUUCGAGCGUAGUAGGAGUUAUCCUUAGCACGGUUAAGGCUACAGGCGCGGGCGUAAGCAAGUUAGGCAGUGGACUAACGGACUUGGGAAAAAAGAUGGCAGCCGGUCUUCCUGGGCUGCUGGGUUCGGUUGUUUCCUUGGUACUUAGGACCGGCGGCGAACUGUUGAAGUUCGUGGGGAAUAACGUUUGGAUCCUCGUAGUAGCUAUUGGAGUGGUACUCCUGAAGAAGAUGAAGGGUUAAUCUUAUCCUUGUAUGUUAUGUCGGGCUUAUCGUCGUCGGGUGUCCGAGGCAUCCUCGACUGGGGAUAAGUAAAGAUAGUAUUCGCACCGCCUUGAUAAUGCGGAACUAGUGGUAUGGCGGUCAUGGUGCUAAUGGUCUUAUGAUUCCAAAUAGCAUCCUGUGGACGAAGAUCCUUCCCAUAACUAGUAUUCAUUCCAACCGCACCGAGUUGGUGAUCAGUGAUACGAUCGCUUGGGCGAAUAUGUAGCCUCGCGUGUUGACAGUUGGCUAUCAUGUGAAAAGUCACCAGCGACUUGUUCUCAAAUGACGUCUGCGGAGACUCAAACGUAAAAUGCGCCGAAUGUCUAUUAUCAUCUCUUUCUCUGUAGGGUAGCAAUGGAUGGUCAUUCUCAUCGACGAUUCUAAACCCAGCAUUGCUGUCAUUGAA